AUGUCUCGGCAGCCGCUGCGAUACGCUCGCCGCCCGAUUUACAUACUCGUCACCUACCUGGUGCUGCUCGUCGUGCCAUGGCUCUGCGUUUGCGUCAUUAACCGAAAAACAACAUCCGACCCGUGGGGGAUCAUUAUGCGGCAAGACCUCGACUCAUAUCACCGUUGGAUCGCUGCGGCUUCGUUUUUCAGCACUGUGGCGGCUGUCAUUGCUCUGCCGUGCGUUGCCGCGCUGUUAGCCUACGGCGCAGUCGUCUUCUCCCAGCGCCGAGCCAAGCAGCAGACCCUCACCGUGAGGCAGCUGCUUGCCAUUUCCGACUUGAAAUGGACAGCGUUUGUCUCCAGCGGACAGUCGUCUUCCUACCUCCUGCUGGCCACCGGACUGCUUCUUCUCACUGCCGUACAGCCGCCACUGCAGUCACUGCUGAUGCUGCCAUCGAGCCGCCCGGUGUACUCAUGCGACAGCCUCCGACCUUUGAGUAAAUGGGACCGGACAUGCGACGGCAAGGGACAGCCAGCCCAGACAAUUGGCAAGGAUGCCGAGCCCGUCUUGCUCCGAGAGGCCAACGCCUCCCAGUUCGUCAACACCGUCAGAACAAAGUUGGUCAACAUCACUUCGGCCGACAUCCAAGAAAACCUGUGGCGAGCCGACGACAACCACCGGAGCUUCGUUACGGGAGAGGACCAGACGUACAACGACUCGUUCUGGGUAUCAGCAAUUCCCGCGGGUGUCACGACGGGACCUCUCCGACAGCACUCCAUCCGGCUCAGCUCAACCGCAGCCUGCCAGGUUGCAGACGAGUACCCCGCCAACUGCGACGGGUACGCAACGUCUCUCCAAGGCUUCGGCAUCAGUGUGAGAACGUGCAUGCCUCGCAAUAACACCGGCCCUGCAGCCCGUGGGGUGCCCCCGAGGCGACGACAAGACGUCGAUGAAGUGCUCUACAUUGACGCGCAGAUUAGCCCAGAAGCAGCAAAGACUCAAGACUUUUUAUCGGAACCGGCUCAGAACGUCACCAUCAAGUGUGUCGCCAAAACCACCCGCGCCUUUUUCGAGAUUGGCAACCUUCAGACGGGAUUGCGUCCAUCCGACAUCAUCAGCGAGUGGCCCUCGGACGAAGACAUGGCAGCGCAUUUCCACGACUACGAUUGGCAGGGCAACCUCAUCACCAACGAGUCUGAAGACGACUGGAACCGUGACCGAUUUUCCGGCUGGACCUCUGCACAAGGCCCGCUGCGGUCUACCGCCGAGGCGCUCUUUGGCAACGGCUCCUACCCACAGGCCGUGCUUGACCUCUUGAGCCAGACCUUCCCGGACGGCCAAGUGCCCGACAACACCAUGUCCGACAGCGAUGCGAAACGCAAGGCGUGCUCUUUGCCGACGCCUCUCGGUGCGUGGCAGCUGCCGUACAACUCUCACAACGACGACUACGACUCGUGGUACUCGUCCAUUUACCAGGGAUGCUCGCUUGCAGAGCUUCCCAAGACACUAUUCCGGAUCGCACAAGGCCUUCAAUACGUCAAGGUGGCGCAGAGCACUCUCGGCGUCGGCAUGUACUUGUCCAACGUGGCCGUCCUACAAGACGCGGCAUCCAACGACGCCGCAAGGACCAUUUACAACCUGGCCGGCACCGAGUUUGUCGCACCGCGGUACACCGUGGGCGCCACCGUUGCCAUUAGCCUGCUCAUCAGCAUGCAAGCCGUUGCACUCAUUCUCCUCGUCUGCUACAUUUACAGCCUGCCGACCUGGACCGACACCUUGGACGCCUUUGCCAUGAUGAGGCUGGGAGCACACUUAAGAGACUCGGUGGACUUUCCGCUGUUGGGCCGGGCCAGCCGGGAGGAGAUGGGGGCGCUGGAUGAGACGGAUGGACUGCUCGGCGUCGUCGUACGGGGCGCCGCGGGCAGGUCAGAGGAGGAUCUCGAGCUCGCCGCUCUAGCUUCGUCCAGCACCGCACAGAGGAACGAGACAUCCGCGCAUCAGUAUGCGAGUGUGAGCCCGCCAUCACCGACAAGCACGGUCGAACAAGACCCUGCGGCACCGGCCACCCAAACGAGCCAUGUGGCGGACGCCACUAGGCCUGGGAUGGAUAUUAGCGAGCUGAGCGAGUACCUACAAGGGGCCCCGCCGGCGUCCCCCACGACAACAACCACCACCACUACUACGACGGUGUCUUCCCCUCGGAGCCCGUCACCGCCCCCGCCAUACCUGCCGGCGAGAUCGUCCAACAGAGACCAGUCGGUGAGGGGGCCGUUUGAGCUGGGGCUGGGAGCCCCUGGGCUCAUUACAAGAGCGUUAUGGGAACGGUACAGGCCGAGGUAG